GAAUCUUGAUGUAUAUAAAUAGACAUAUCCUCCUCGAUCAUUCACACAAAUCACAAUAGAAUUUCUUACUAUUUAAGUAAAACAAACUUAUUAGCUUGCUUUGUUUAUCUUUUGCACCUUUCUUAACUAAUUAAGGAAAUGGCUCAAGAAGUUGCCAAGGCACAAGUGAUCGAGCCAUACGGGCCUUAUGGUUCUCAGUUGCCACAAACCUAUCGCUUCCAACUUGCAGAAGGUGAACGUAUCUCAGCAUUCUCGGUAAGGCAUGGAUACAUUAUCGAUGCAAUCAGUUUCGUGGUGACUAAGAAAGACGGAAGUACCUACACUGAGAAGUUUGGUGGCAAUGGCGGAAGCGAAUCAAAGGUUACUCUCAAAGCUGGCGAAUACGUGACAAGAAUUACUGGGACGUACGGAAACUAUGAGUAUAAUAAGGGUGGUCCCGUUAUAGCCACACUCAAGAUAUGCACUAAUUUAAACCCGGCUGGAUAUGGAACUUAUGGAGGUUUUCCAAAUGGACAAGCUUUUGAAUCUCCUGCGAAAACUGAUGGUCCUGUAGUCGGAACUUUUGGAAGGAGUGGUGAAUUUCUCGAGUCUUUGGGAAUUUUAAUCAGGAAGGAAUUCAAAAAGUCUAGCUCUUGAAGACAGUCUGCAAAAAUGCAAUGAAUAAACCAUGGUGUGCACCAGGACUUUUAAAACGCUUUCAAUAAGCCACGAAUGUAUUCUAUAAGUGGCCUCGAUCUCAAGUAUGAUUUGUAAUCAUAAACUCUGAGUGAUGUACUAUCUUUAAUGUUUGCCCUAUGUGGCUAUGUGGUGUUAUACUAUAAUAUACCAUUAAUCUACCGUCGAUCUUUCUUCUUUA